CUGCACACUCAUCCUGCGUCGGCCCAUCAAAAUGUACCGGCUCGCUGCUAUUCUCCUCGUGGUCGCUGCCGCCUCAGCCGCGCCGCAGACCAAAACGGCCGACAAGUACACCGAGAAGUUCGACACCGUCGACAUCGACCAGAUUUUGGCCAGCGAGAGGCUCGUCAACAACUACUUCAACUGUCUGAUGGAAAGAGGACCUUGCACUCCUGAAGGAACCGAACUUAGAAGUGUCCUUCCCGACGCACUCGAGUCUGCCUGUUCCAAGUGCAAUGACAAGCAGAAAAACGCCACCGAAAAGGUUUUCCAACACCUGAGCCAGAACAAGCCCAAGUUGUGGAAGGAGCUGACCGACAAGUACGACCCUAGGGGCACUUACCGCUCCAAGUACGAAGCCGAAGCCAACAAGCACGGAGUCAAGGUGUAAAAGAGCUGCCCUCGCGCCUCACCGACUGAUCACUUGACGAUAAUGAGACUGCAAUGUAUUUAACUCCACGAAUAUGGUUGGUUGAUGUAAACUUAAUAAUGCUAUUAUAAGUUAUUGCAAUGACACGACUAAACAAUUGGAUGUUCAAUCUAAAAUGAACGAGCAAUGUAAAAUGUAAAAAAAAUAAACACCUGAUAACAAGAUUUCUAAACGA